GUUGUUAGACCGACGUUGGACCGGUUAUCUCCAGAUGUAGUCGGUACUCGGAUAAGGGCAGUAUCGUGAAUUCUUCCGGACACAAAAGUUAUCUCGAUAAUUGUUGAUCCACACGUUGACGUUUUGACAUAUCAAUGAAAGAAUAAAAAUGCCGAAUUACGUGUACUCGUUAGCCGAAAAAAUACAGAUGGUGUUGCAGCGUGAGCAGGGAUUGAGCUACAGGAGCAUUACGGAUCAUUUUGCGGCAACGUAUCCUAGCAGGCCCAUACCGUCUUCGACAACGGUGAGAAACGUGAUAAAAAAAUUUCGCGAGACGGGUAACCUCAAUGGAAAAUUAGUAAAAGUGAUCCAGCCAUUGAAGCGACUGAAGGAUGAAGUGAAGCUGGACAUCUGUCUCAAAGUCGUUGAAGACCCGAGCAAACCCAUCUCUCACAUCGCUGAAGAAAUUGGUGUCGCCAAGUCUACGGCGCGAAGGGUUCUCCAACAAACUAAGAUGGGGCCGUACGAGCGUCGGAAAGGCGGUAGAAAAAAGAAAGAACCCCAUAAGUCUGAAGAUGAGGAAAAGAUGGAAAUCGCUGUCGAGCCUGAACUGCUGAUUUUGAAAGUCGAACCACUGUUCAUUGAUGAAAGCGAACCGUUUUCCACAACAGACAUCCAAAUGCCUGGAGUGAAAGUCGAACCACUUCCUCCCUCUGAGGAAAUCGACCCCUUGUUUGUAGCUAACAGUGAGCUAUGUGACGUUAAAAGUGAACCUUCUUCACCCGAAUCGUGGUGAACAUGCUGAUUGCAAAGGUCUUCGUUGAAGGAUUCAUUUCGAUCAAUUUUUGGUACUGAUAACUUGUAUGGGAUACAUUGGACACUCUGUGGCUGAACUGAUGCCCGAGAAAAUCUGUUUAUUGCUUUUAUUUCUUUUUAUUACUCAUUGGUAACUUAGGUUAGGGGAAAGUCGCAGCUGAUAUUUCCCGCUGAAAAUAUUACUGGUGGAAUUCGUUAGCUGGUUGUCCCCCUUUUGGCAAUAUAUGAAUUAACCUGAGCAUGAGAAUUGUACGACAGAGGUGCUCUAAUUGAAAUUGAAUGACCAUUCGUCAUCCCAUGAAAGAAAUGACGAAUCUUACCAAGUACGAAAUUUCCUCAAAUCACCGAGUGACUGGAAAAAGGUCAGGAAGCUUGUUGCCUUUCCAAUUUCCUUGGCCACAUGGAAACUGGAUAGUAAAUCAUCCUGUGCUUUGAGACAACAAAGUCAUUCAUUCACCAGAAAGAACAAACAUUUCGGGAGUGCAUUGAGCAAAGCGGUGGUAACUGUGUCGGCUAGAAAAGUUGACAAAGCCCAGUUGCAGAAUGUGGCAAUCAUGUAUGAUAAAUUCCAAGUAGUUGAAGGACGGAACUGUGGACUAUUUUUUAUCAAACUAGCAGAGCAGGAAAUAUGUUUAUUUUUGAUAUGUAAUCCGUUAUUUGUCCUUCUGCUAAGCUGCUUCGAUGAACACUCUUGUCUAGUAUCAGCAAAACUGAAACUGUGGCAAAAACGAUGAUGAAAACUGACUAAAAUCUGUUAAUAAAGAUUGUGACGGUAAGCAGCGAACUUUUUUCCCGACAACCCGUUUUCCACUUUCAUUCAGUUCGAACAGUGACCGAAGCGGGCCUCGAAAUGUUCGGAGAGUGCCGCAUCUGGGUCUUUAUUAAUCUAUGGUCAAAGCUGCCAAACGCACGUGUGCGGCGUGGAUAUUUUGAAGUCCCAGGAUGAUCGUUUCUUGCGCGCUAUUAUUUUGCACAAUGAGUGAAAAUACUAUUUGAAACAAGAACGUGACUAACAAAAAUCCGUAACGGGUGGUAUAUUUCACUAUGACGACAAACGGCUAUGACCGGAAAUUCAAAAAUCGUGUCAGAAAAUUGCUGACCAAUAAAAUAGGUGAAAUAUCGAAGGCCCGUUCCAAAAAACAAAAGCAAGUGAUUGAUUGUCUUACAAGAAAACGCGCCGUUAUUUCAAAACCACCACAAACAAUUACCGUCGUAGACGAUGAGUAUUCAACUGAAGUUUCGACGAAAGAUGUUGACGAAAUAUUUAACAAAAAAUUAAAAUCAGAAAAACGUAAAAAACGUCCCAGCGAAGACAGCUGCGAGACAACAAAGAAACAAAAAGUACACAAAAAAAAGCAAAAAGUUGAAAAAGAAGAAACUCCUCAAUCAGAUCAUAUAUUGAAAAAAGAAAAGGCACGUUCAAAGCGUUUGCGACAGAAUGUCUCGAAAUCUGAAAAAUUACUAACAUUUCCGACUGACAAUUUACAUCUUACGGAGAAUACUGAUCGUGAUAAUGCUUAUAUGAACGAUAAUUUGACGAAUAGGAAUCGUUACGCCUUAAAUGAUUCACUACCGAUUUCGGAAAGAAGAAAGAGAUUUGGAGAUCCAACGGUAAUAAAUGGAGUUCCAUUAAACAUGUCAAACUUGUCAAUAUUUAAUUCAUCAGUUACAUAUGUAAGCACAGAUUUUACGGCGUCAAAUUCGCGGGAUGAUUUUGGUUGCAGCUUUUUUUCUGACGCGGAAGAUUCGAAUUUGAGCACAAAUUUAAUAAAUUCCAAUAGCAAACCCACGAUCAUGGAGAAUGCUACAAUGGAUACUGAAUCAAUUGAUGGAGGUGUUAACGAAGAUAUCGACGACGUUGCGAAUCUGUUUGUAAAUACAGCCGUAGAUAUCAAGGAGUAUGAUUCGGACGUAUCGCUUGUUUCGAGUGGGGACAAAUCACAUCCUAACUCUUCCUCGACUCCGAGCAAAAACGAUUUCAGGGCAGAACUGCCGUUUCAGGAUUCGGAAAUAACAUUGGAAACCCCGUCAAAAAUAAAGCCAAAAUUUUACAGUCUUCAAAAUAAGGUUAUAGCCAUAAUGAGUCCGUCUUGCAAAUUUUACUUUAACGGAAAAUUGCGCGUCAAAGUCUUGAUCGGCAAGGUAGAAAUAUACGGGUUCGUUUUUAGUAAAAGCGAAACCGUCGUGCCUGCCGAAAUUUAUUCCCCAAGAGGGGUGAGUUUGGUGAGCAUAGAGACUGUCUGCGACAAGAUCAAUGAGAAUACGAGCACAGAAAGCAUUUGCAAUUCGUUGAGAACGGAGGGAAUCAACAUCGACGUAGCGGAAAAUCUUGCAAAGAAACUGAACGAUUCUCCCGACGGACAAGCGGUUGUGGUUUUGGAAAAUUUGGAAAACACUCUGACGAAAUUUUUGGACACUUAUUCCCAGUUCAAACUGUUCCCGAAGGUCGAAGAUACGACAAAUUAUCACAACUUGCAUCCAAAAAAGGCGGAAAAAUUAUUGCAAGCGGUAUUUCAGUACGACAAUCUGCAGGGAAAGCAGUUACAAAAAGACAGUUAUCGCGAUUCGAAUGUAUUGAAACGACUUGUGAACCAGAAUCCGAACGAUUAUCAACGAAUAUUGAUUGCUGGCGGCAAGAGCGUCGGGAAGUCGACGACUCUGCGAUAUUUCAUAAACGGUUUGUUGCCCACCCGCAAGGAAAUCGUCGUCGUAGAUUUCGAUCCUGGUCAACCGGAAUUCACGCCGUCUGGAUGCAUUUCUUUGAGCUUGAUCGACCGGCCUUUAAUCGGGCCGAAUUACACCCACCUGAAAACCCCAUUUUACCAGCUUUUUAUCGAAGAAGUUGACGUGACCCGAUGCAUUCCACGCUACGUAAAUGCGGCAAAAAAAUUGGUAGAAUACCUGAACGAAUCGACGAGAUUACAGAACAGCACAGUCGUCAUUAACACGAUGGGAUUCUGUACCGGUGUCGGAUGGGACAUCAUAGUCUACAUUAUCAAACUAAUUCACCCUUCAACAGUCGUGCAAAUAGGUAGCCAUAGACCGCAAAACAACUUCUUGCGCCCGUUGAGCAGUAAAGUGAUCAACGAGCAGAUCCCGAUUCUUUCACCAGAUCGUUUAGCUGGUCGUGAGGACGAAUAUUCACUCUGGGAUAAGGCUUGCGAUCACGAUUUACACGUGGUGCCGACGCUCGCCGAAUCGAAAGGAAAAUUCGGAGAUUUGUGGGAAAUCGGACCGCGCCAACAGCGCGAUCUCACACUGCUAUCGUACCUCAGUAAAAUUCUGAAGUACGACGAGCUCGGAGAAAAAUUUUUAUUCACUCAGUCGUUGCGAAUCAACGAUGCAGUUCCCUACUCGGUACCGUUGUCAGGUUUAACGAUAUCGUUGAUGCGCCCGGUAGUUCCGGCUUCCCAUAUUCUGGCAACAAUGAACGGAAACAUCGUCGCCUUAUGCGGGAUCGAUGAGACCCAAGAGAAUUCAGAGGAGGCUCGUGUUACGGAGGAAGUUUAUCCGAAAACUUUGCCGAGAGCGCCGUUAUCGACGUGUUACGGAUUCGGAAUCGUGCGGGGCGUCGACGUGAAGACCGGAAAGGCAUAUGUCAACACUCCGCUCUCUAUCAGCGAGUUACAAUCCGUAAAUGCCUUCGUCGGUUGCAUUCCGUUACCGGUAAAAUUGAUCGGAGGUUUGGGUCAUCGUAAUGCGCCUUACGUGAGUGAGGGGGUCAAUUUACCAACGAGCAGAGACACUAAUCGCAGAUUUUUCCGAAUGAGGCGUCACUAUGUACAUAGAUACUGAAUCGAGGGGGGAAAAAAAACAACAACAAGAAUUAUGUGCAACAUGGG